AUGGAGGUCUACGUUGAUGACAUGAUCGUUAAAAGCUGUACAACAGCUGCCCACCUAACAGACUUGGCCGAGACGUUUGCCACGUUGCGAAGAUACGGCAUGCGACUCAACCCGAUAAAAUGUGCUUUUGGCGUCAGCUCAGGAAGAUUCCUCAGAUUCAUCAUACACGAAAGGGGAAUCGACGCCAACCCGGAAAAGGUCCAAGCGAUUAUCAGCAUGCAGGCCCCUCGGAUAAUCAAGGAGUUGCAACGGCUAAACGGUCGCCUCCUCAAAUGGUCGGUGGAGCUCGACGAGUUCGACAUACAAUAUGUACCAAGAACUGCCAUCAAGGCCCAAUCAGUAGCCGACUUCAUCUCGGAACUAACUCAGCCCGAGGACGAGGAUUCUGAGCGAGUUAGUGAAGGAUGGGUCCUACGCAUGGACGGAUUGGCCAGCUCGAAGGGUGCGGGCGCGGGGCUAGUGUUGGAAGACCCCGACGGACGAUCGUUCGAACGCUCCCUUCGCUUUGGUUUUCAAGCCACGAAUAAUGAGGCAGAGUAUGAGGCGCUCCUAGCAGGGCUCCGAUUAGCCAUUGAGAUGUAG